GCUCGCGCUGCUGUCAGUUUCAGGCUCGAGACGAUGCGGGGAGGAGCGGAGCGCGCGGAGAGAUACUGUAGCUCGUGCGGCAGUGCAGCGGUCCGGGAGCUGAGGAAUGUAGUGAGUGCAUUAGGCUGGUAUAAGUCUAGACUGGCAGUCUGUAGAGUUUAGUCAGGGUUUGAGGGGGUGGGUCUGUCCUGAGCGCGCCUUCUGAAGCUCCACGUGCAGCGCGUGGAUCAUGUUGCCUUGGAAGAAGAACAAGUUCGACCUGAUCGAGGACGACAAGCAGUCCAAGCAGAAGGGCUAUGCCGUGAGCCUCAACUACUCAGCCCUCACCUCCUUCGCCAGGUCGUGCCCGGAGAGCGCCCUGCACCGGGUGGGCAGCAUGUUCAAGUCCAAGCGAAGGAAAGUGAAGAUCACAGGUGAGGACCCCACCUACACCGUGCUGUACCUGGGCAACGCCACCACCAUCCAGUCCAAAGGGGACGGCUGCACGGACGUGGCGGUGAGCAAGAUCUGGGCCAAGAGCGACAUGGGCAAGAGUGGCACCAAGAUGAAGCUGACCGUCAGCUCUCAGGGCAUCCGCAUGGUGCACUCCGACGAGCGGGCGCGCCGACCCGGACACCUCUACCUUCUGCACCGGGUCACCUACUGCGUGGCCGACCCACGCCUACCCAAGAUCUUCGCCUGGAUCUACCGGCACGAGCUGAAGCACAAGGCGGUCAUGCUGCGAUGCCACGCCGUGCUCGUGUCCAAGCCAGAGAAGGCUAAAGCCAUGGCACUGCUCCUGUACCAGACGUCGGCGGCCGCCCUGGCAGAGUUCAAGCGGCUCAAGAGACGAGACGAUGCCCGGCACCAGCAGCAGCAGCUGGUGGGCGAGCGCACCGUGCCUCUGGUGCCACUUCGCAAGCUCCUCAACGGCCAGUGCUGCUACAGGCCGCCGGUGGAGCGCAGCCGCAGUGCGCCCAAGUUGGGUUCCAUCACCGAGGACUCUCUGGGAGAGGAGGCAGAAGAGAAGGCGUCCGCCCGAUUCCAGGGGGACGAGGUCCUGAACGGUGCGGGACAGGCUGAGCUGGCCCAGAUCAUCAGUGACCUGGGAGAGAUGGCAAUUGGAAACGAUGUGCAGACUUUGCGGGCUGAUCUAAGGGUGACCCGGCUGCUGUCGGGCGAAAGCACGGGCAGCGAGUCGUCCAUCGAGAGCAGCCCGGAGACGGUGAACCCGCCGCACUCUGAGCAGGACGGGCACAUGCAGGAGGUGGGCUGAGGUGGACAGGAGGUGAAACCCCCUCUGUUUUGUUUAGUUUUUUUUCACUUCCCAGCGAGGUUCCCGAUGGUUUACAGUGACGCACUCUUUGGUCCACACGUCGGUCCACUCUGUGGUCCUGGACUGAGUCUGCCAGCCCUGGGGAAGUGGUGACGUUGGGUCUGGGAGGGUAUGGGGUUUGUGCCACCUUAUCCGUAUGACUUGAAAGAUGAAGAUGAAAAACUGUGUUCUGGGCUUUUUUUCUCAGUGUUUUUCACAGUGUUCACCACCUUGAACUGGAGAGAACACAGGACAAAUGCGUGACAAACCACAGGACAAACUAAAGGCCUUUGGCUGAGCUCAAAGCACCCUCCUUCUUGUCCAAUCCAGCGUUGAGUUGGGCAGGAGAAAGGAGCAAAGCGGUGCUCUCCUCAGCUACACAGCCAAAUGGAGAAAGUGGAUCUGCACAGCUCCUGCAGUCUGCACUGAAAACAUGCAGGGUUGAGUUAACUCUACACGCUGCACUCUAGAAUAAAUAUAGUAUAAGUUAUAUAAUAUAAGUUUCUGUACAAAAAAAAAGGGUGAAACCUCUUAUUUAUACCAUUCUAUUGUAGAUUCUUUACUUAUAAAGAACUUAAUGUGGCUCAAGAGAAAAACUGCAUAAAGAACUUUAAAAAAAUUGAAAAAACAUUUUUUUUUAGAGUGCAGAUCUGCACUGUAAGAGUUAACUCAACCCUGCGAGAGUUAGGCCAACACUAUUAGGUAAUCCAACACUGUAAGAGUUAAUACGGUAAGAGUUAAUCCAGCACUGUAAAGACUUAAUGCAACACUAGGGGCUUUGGCUGUGUACGUUUUACAUCUGAACUUGUUUACCCGAUCCAUUUCCCCCAAAGGAAAUGCGUCUCUUUUUUCUCUUCUUUUCUCUUUUUUUUUGUGGAAACGACGGCCCUGAGCGAUUUUACUCCCUUUUUUUUUUUUUUUGCUGUAGUUUGCCCCCGACAAUGCUAGCUACUUUCAGGAUGUUCCACUUUCUGUUCUAUAUUUUUGCACUGUGCUGUAAUUAAGUCGUUCUAUUAACAAGUUUUGUACAUACUGUCGUCUCCUUUUCAAUGUUCUUAUAAACGCCAAUGUUCUAUCUUUGCUGUGCAAAAGAGACAACAACAUUGCGGUGUACCGAGAUGUAAAUAUAUUCAAAUAUGUUCAUAAUGUUUAUUAUUUUUAAAGAGGUAAAUGUGGUUUGUUUUUGUGAACCUCACUUAAUUACCAAUAAAAAAACAGAAGAAUGGUA